GAGAAAAUUGAAGAAAAGAAGGGAGAAAAAGAGGAAAAAAGAGGGAAAUAUGGAAUAUACAGGUCGUCCUGAUGAAGAGGAUAGUGUUAUUUCGUACUUGGAGAAAAAACUGGGGCGAAAAAAGCAUAAUAUUGAUAGAAAAAACAAAAAAGAUGAAUUAGACUAUCUUCUUGAAGAUCUGGACCGUAUGAAUGCAAAAAAGAUGAAGCAUGUUAGGUUUACGGAGGAUCUGUCAGUUUUUUCUGAGAGUAAAGUGGAAAAUAGGGGAGAUAUAGAUAAAGAAGAGCUAUUUAUUGGAGAUAAAGAAGAUAAAUUGAAUUUAUCUAAAGAAAAUGGGGAUAUUUCAGUGAAAAAGAGUAAAGAAAAUCCUUAUAUUGCACCUGUAGAUAGUAGUAUAUCUAUAGUCAAAAACAAAAUUUUAAAAGAUGAUAAAAAUGAUAGUGAAUUUAUUAUACACUUAAGAAGAAAGAUCAAAGGAUUAUUGAACAGAUUAACAGAGUCAAAUAUGUUAUCAAUUUUGAAUGAAAUUGAAAAUCUAUAUAGUUCAUAUGCUCGUCAUUAUGUUAAUAUAGAACUAAUAACAUUAUUAUUAAAAAAUGUAGUAUCUGAAACGACAUUGAAAGAAACAUAUUUAGUACUAUAUUCAGGAUUCAUUGCAGCUUUGUAUAAAACAAUUGGGGUAGAUUUUGGAGCAUUUUUUCUUCAAAAACUUAUUAAAACUUUUAAUGAAUUUUAUUCAAAAGAAAACUCAAGAAAGGAAAGCAUUGAUUCAAACAUAUCUUAUGAUAAGGAGUGCAUUAAUUUAAUUGUUGUUUUAAGUGAGUUAUAUAAUUUCCAAGUUAUUUCAUGUACUUUUGUAUAUGAUUUAAUAAGAUUAUUUUUGAAAGAGAUAACAGAUCUGAAUACAGAAUUGUUGCUUAGGAUUAUUUCUAAUUCUGGAAAUCAAUUGCGCUCUGACGACCCAUCAUCUUUAAAAGAGAUCAUUCUUAUCAUUCAUCGCAAGAUUUCAGAGGCUAAUGUUGUUCUAAAUACAAGAACAAAAUUCAUGAUUGAAACCAUUGAUAGCUUAAAAAAUAACAAAAUUAAAAAUAUACCUAGUAUUAUGACACAAGAAGCAAUUGUUAGAAUGAAAAAAUUCUUAAAAACAUUAUCUACUCGAAAUUCUAAUAGGAAUUCAGAACCUUUAAAGAUCUCAUUAUCAGACAUAGAAUCUAUGAAUGAAAGUGAUAAAUGGUGGCAUGCAGGGGCAUCUUAUAAAAAGGAAGAAAAGAAAAAGACAAUUGCAAGUGUAGAUAACUUCUAUGAAAAUGAAGAAACAAAACUUCUUACUUUAGCACAAUUGCAAAGAAUGAAUACAGAUAUUCGUAAAUCAAUUUUUAUAACAUUAAUGAGUGGAGAGGAUUUUGCAGAUGCAUAUGAAAAACUUUUAAAACUAGGACUAAAAAAAAUACAGAAACUUGAAAUACCAAGAGUAUUACUUCAUUGUUGUGGAAAUGAAAAAAAUUAUAAUCCUUAUUAUUCUUAUAUUGCACUUAGAUUUUGUCUAAGAAUGCGUUUUUUACGUACAGCUUUUAAGUUUUGUUUAUGGGAUUUAUUUCGAUUUUUAGGGGAAAAAGAUAUUCAAUUGAUAGGAAAUACAAGUGCUGAAAGCACAGAAAAUAUCUCACUAAGAUAUAUUGUAAAUUUAGGAAGAUUAUAUGGUUUUUUAGUAGUGAAUGAUGGACUUGAUUUAGCAAUUUUUAAAAAACUUAAUUUCUUUAAUUUACAGUCUAAAACAAAGACAUUCUUGGAAAUUUUUUUUUGUACAUUGAUUCAAGAAACACAAAAAAAAACUAAUAUUCAAAACACAACAUUAAUUCAGAGAAUUUUUGAAAAACCAUCAUCAAAUCCUUCUUUGAUUUCAGGCAUUAAAUAUUUUAUAGAAAAAUAUUUGAAAAAUAGUGAAAUAUUAAAUUCACGAGAUAAGGAAAUAUUUAUAUGGGAAUAUAAAAAAGUAUUAGAAAAUAUAAAUAUUCCAAGAAAUAUUUAACAACAUUAUCAAUAUCAAACAAAAUAAUAUAUUUUAAUAAUUCAA